UUCGGUCUCACUGAUACCGUCCUGUGUUGGUUCCGAUCAUAUCUGACUAAUCGGGUCCAGUCAGUUAUUUCAAACUGCUUGACCUCGAAGAAAUCUAAUAUUGAAUUCGGAGUACCUCAGGGCUUGGUCCUAGGCCCGAUGCUUUUCACGAUGUAC